GAUGAUUGCGUGAUCAUGCCGCAUUUGACAUUUCUCCAUUUACCUCGCCCUCAUAGAACGAAAACUCGACUCACCGAAACAUCAUGCACUAUGGAAAGUGUACACGUAUGUAUGUACAUGCGGAGAGAGUUAUAAGUCUUAUUCGCUGACAUAUCAAAAAGAAAUAAUGAGGAUUAAUCUUUUAAAAGCGUGUCAUAGAAUGUAACCUCUCGAGUAUCCAUGACCGUACGUUUCGAGGAUAGCAAUAGGAUUAUCAUAAAAUCGAGUAACGCUAAUUAAUUCCGAAUACAGAUAUGAUUAAGGCAAUCUUAGUUUUCAAUAACCAUGGGAAACCUCGUCUUUCCAAGUUUUAUCAAUAUUUUAACGAGGACAUGCAACAGCAGAUAAUAAAAGAGACAUUUCAACUUGUUUCCAAGAGAGAUGACAAUGUAUGUAAUUUCUUGGAAGGUGGUAGCUUGAUUGGUGGAUCUGACUAUAAGUUGAUCUAUCGACACUAUGCUACGCUUUAUUUCGUAUUCUGUGUUGAUAGUUCAGAAUCGGAGCUGGGAAUCUUAGAUUUGAUACAAGUUUUUGUUGAAACCUUGGACAAGUGCUUUGAGAAUGUGUGUGAACUUGAUCUCAUUUUUCAUGUAGACAAAGUUCAUUAUAUACUCAAUGAAUUGGUGAUGGGUGGUAUGGUUCUUGAGACCAACAUGACUGAAAUUCUCACAAGAAUCGAGGAUCAAAACAAAUUGGAAAAACAAGAGGCGGGAAUCACAGCAGCGCCCGCGCGUGCUGUCUCGGCCGUGAAGAACAUGAAUAUACCGCAACAAAUAAAGGAUAUGAAGCUGCCUGACUUGCCACAAGCUAUAAAAGAUCUCAAAUUCUGACCAGCCGUCACUUCGUUGGCACCUAGCUGACUGGUCUCUUCUGUCAUCCCGAAUGUAACCGACACUACUACCGCACCGAGGACACUUUUCUCCUCUCUUCAGGCAAACGAGAAUGCACCAAUGUUGCCUGCAGCAUCUGCAUAUAUCCCGUCUCAACGAUAUCAGAAUUAAGACCAUGGAUGAACCAUUAUUUGACUACUACUAUCUAUUUUAGAACUACAAGUUUUGCCAACGAGUUUUGAAGAAGCAUAUAGAGUAGAGUCUCGAAAGUCUCUACAUAAAAAAAAAAUUAAGUAACAUAAGGAUUUUCUUUAUAAAUUUUUAUAUAUGUAUGUUAAAAAGUUUAUUAAAAUAAUAUCAGGUCCAUGAAUUCAAUUAUGAUAUGAGCAACUUUUGAUUGUCCUAAAUAAUUUAGCUCUGUGUUCCGCGAGAGAGAGAAGCACGCGUCCCCUUUUCCCCUCCUCCUCCCCCAGUUAUUCAUUAGAAAUAUAAAAAAUAUUAAUGUAUUAUAUAUUGUAACGAAAUAUAUUUAAUAAAUAAACUAGUACUAUGUA